GAGGACUCAUUCAUCCAGGGCCAGCCCAGGAGUGAGACUGCAGAGCAGGCUGGCCCAGCCCAGCCCAGCCCAGGCCUGGCCACAAGGCAAGGAGGGGAUUUCCUCAGGCUCUCUCCUCCUAAGCCCUGUCCACUUUAGGAACCUGUCUGGAAGAUUUUAGUUCAGGGAGGGACAGAGGGGCACCUAGCAGGGCGGGAUCUUGGAGCAGCAGGGAGAUCCAUUGGCCCAGGACACCUGGAAGACGGGGACCAGUCUGUGCAGCCUGGGCGGUCCCUGCCUCGGCCUCCCGAGGUGGAGGAAGAACCCAGCAUCAUGGCUGCUACUCAGGAUUUGGAGAUGGAGAAUGUGACUCUGAAUAUGGAGAGGGAAAGGAAAGAAGAGCUGGAGGAAGAGAAAAUGAGAGAGGGUCUGGGGGGUAAAGAUCUCCCCAAGAGCAGAAAAGUCCAUAGGAUUGUUUCCAAGUGGAUGCUUCCUGAACAUGUCCGAAGAACCUACCUGGAGAGGGCCAACUGCCUCCCACCUCCACUGUUCAUCAUCUCCAUCAGCUUGGCUGAGCUGGCAGUGUUUAUUUACUAUGCGGUGUGGAAGCCUCAGAAACAGUGGAUCACCUUGGACACUGGCAUACUGGAAAGUCCCUUUACCUACCGUCCUGAGAAGAGGGAGGAAGCCUGGAGGUUUCUCUCAUACAUGCUGGUUCAUGCUGGAGUGCAGCACAUCGUGGGGAAUCUUUUCAUGCAGCUUGUGUUGGGGAUCCCCUUGGAAAUGGUCCACAAAGGUCUCCGGGUAGGGCUGGUAUACCUGGCUGGAGUGCUUGCAGGUUCCCUUGCAAGCUCCAUUUUUGAUCCCCUUAAGUCUCUUGUGGGUGCUUCAGGAGGAGUCUAUGCCCUGAUGGGGGGAUAUUUCAUGAAUGUUCUAGUGAAUUUUCGAGAAAUGAUUCCUGCCUUUGGGAUUGUCAGACUCAUCAUCAUCAUCCUUAUAAUUGGGUCGGACAUGGGAUUUGCUCUCUACAGAAGAUUCUUUGUCCCUGCAAAUGGGUCUCCGGUGUCCUUUGCAGCUCACUUUGCAGGAGGAUUGGCUGGAAUGUCCAUAGGUUACACUGUGUUUAGUUGCUUUGAUAAAGCACUGCUGAAAGAUCCCAGAUUUUGGAUAGCAAUUGCUGCAUAUUUAGCUUGUGUCUUAUUUGCUGUCCUUUUCAAUAUUUUCCUAUCCCCAGCAAACUGAUCUGACUCUACUAUGAGUCAGAUGUGGGGAGUGGAGGGGUGUUGGGGAGGAAUAGAAAACUCUGAUGAAACAGAGAUGUCCCAGCAAAUACUAACGUUUUAUAAAGAUGGCAAUACUGCACUCAUCAGUCUAAGGGCUGUUUACAGAAGGACCUUAGGAUUUGAGAAAGAGGCUUCUGAAUGAGAGGGAAGGUCAUUCCCUGU